AUGUUUGCUUGCCUCAGUUUAUUUGAUGAUGGAAGUUUGCUAGCUGAGCUUCAGGUUAAGCCUACGUGGAUUGAGCAAGUUAAGGGUAAGCAGUUGGAGGGUGAAUCUUUGGGUCUUCAUUUCCAACAGUUAGAGCUACCUCCAGAGUUAGAUCAGAUUCGUGAUGUUUUCCAUGUCUCGAUGUUGAGGUGCUACCGCUCUGAUCUAACACAUAUUGUUCCAGUGGAGGAGAUCGAGGUUAGGCCAGAUCUGACUUUCGAGGAGGAGCCGAUUCAGAUAUUAGAUCGUGACGUAAAGAUUCUGAGGAGAAAAUCCAUCUCAUUGGUUAAGGUUCUAUGGAGUAAUCAUAGCUCUGAGGAGGCCAUGUGGGAGCCUGAGGAUGCGAUGCAUCAACAUUAUCUUUAUCUGUUCUGA